AAGGCGCGCGGUUGCUGUCGUUGAUUCUUGAUGGUUGGUGGCUUGGUGCCCUGCCAGCUAGUGCUUCUUCAUCCUUUCUCUAACGAGUGAGGGACGAUGAUGCACUCCCAGUCGCAGGCUCCCACUCCCACCUUGCGGUGCUGCCGCACUCUAGCUGAGCUGCCAGCUCGGAUCUCCAUGGCCUCUCUUUUCCUCCUCCUCCUCGUCGUCGUGGCGGCGCUCCUCUGGCCGCCUGCCGUCGCGGCGCCCGAGGAGCACCUCGUCACCGGUCUCCCGGGCUUCCAUGGCGCCUUCCCCUCCAAGCACUACUCCGGGUACGUGACCGUGGACGAGCGCAGCGAGCGGAGCCUCUUCUACUACCUGGUGCUGUCGGAGCGCGACCCGGCCGGCGACCCCGUCGUGGUCUGGCUCAACGGAGGUCCGGGAUGCUCCAGUUUCGACGGCUUCGUCUACGGGAACGGACCCUUCAAUUUCGAGCCUGGGAGCUCGCCUGGAAGCCUGCCCAAGCUGCAGCUCAACCCCUACAGCUGGUCAAAGUUGAUUCUGUGUGUGAGCCUAGCUACAACAAUCCAAGUGAUGGCUUUGAAUCUGUCAUUGAGAAGGUCUCGAACAUCAUGUACCUAGACUCUCCUGCCGGUGUGGGGAUGUCGUACUCGCUGAACAGAUCGGAUUAUGUAACAGGUGACCUGAAAACCGCAGCUGACGCCCACAAAUUCCUGUCGAAGUGGUUCGAGUUGUACCCCGAGUUUCAGUUGAACCCGUUCUACAUCUCGGGGGAGUCGUACGCAGGGGUCUACAUCCCCACGAUCACUGACGAAGUUGUUAAAGGCAUUGAGAGAGGUGUGAAGCCAAGAAUCAAUUUCAAGGGCUAUCUGAUUGGCAAUCCGUUAACUGACGUGGACUACGAUUUCAAUUCCUUCGUGCCAUUUGCGCAUGGGAUGGGCCUCAUCUCAACCGACAUGUAUGAGGAUGUCAAAGCGUCCUGCCGCGGCACAUUCUUCGGCGCCGUGGAUGAUCUGUGCCAGGAGAAGAUCGACAGAGUGCGCUGGGAACUGAAGGACCUGAACAAGUACAACAUCCUUGCGCCUUGCUACCAUCAUCCCGAAAUCCAAGAGGUAGAGUUCAGCAACAGCAGCUUGCCGCGGAGUUUCAGAAGGCUAGGAGAGACGGACAGGCCGUUUCCAGUGAGGAAGCGGAUGUCGGGGCGUUCUUGGCCGCUCCGUCUUGCUCUCAAGGACGGCCACGUCCCCAUGUGGCCAGGCCUUAGUGGCAGAUCACUUCCCUGCACGAGUGAUGAAGUCGCUACGGCGUGGCUGGACGACGAAGAUGUUAGAGCUGCGAUUCAUGCCAAACCAAAAAGCUUAAUUGGAUCAUGGGAACUGUACACUGCAAGGAUAGACUUCACUCAUGAUACAGGGACGAUGGUGAGCUACCACAAGAAGUUUACGGCUUUGGGAUAUCGCGUGCUAAUCUACAGCGGAGACCAUGACCUGUGUAUUCCUUACCCUGGUACCGAAGCGUGGGUGAAAUCAAUAGGCUACCAAGUUACUGAUAGAUGGCGGCCAUGGUACUUCGGAGACCAAGUUGCCGGAUAUACAGAAGGAUACGGUCACAAUAUUACCUUCCUCACUAUAAAGGGAGCCGGACAUGCUGUGCCCGAGUACAAGCCCAAGGAGGCUCUCGCGUUCUACAGUCGCUGGCUGGCAGGAGAGAAGUUCUAAGAAGACCAGGACCAUUACAGAUUUCACAAGCCUUCAGUUAUUCGUCGCUCAUCGGACAAUUACUGUGUGCAUGGACUCAGAGUAGAUGUAUGCAGAUCAGAUCCGUUCACUCGGCUGUGUAAGCCUCUGUAUACAGCUGAAGAGAUUUUUAACGUGGGAUCUUCACCUCUACUCAAUUAACCAUGGGUCAGAUCCAUUGGCAAUAUUAUUCUACUAUUAUAUAAAGAAUAAUUUAAAUAUACAGAAAUAAAUACUCACAAGAUAUCAA